AUGGGAACGUCCAGGGAUAAGGCGUCGCUCCUCUCACGGCUGCUUGUGUUGAUGCUGUGUGUCGUCUCUUCUCUCUGCCAGGACGAAUAUUCUGGAUACCACUCAGGUCAGAGGUGCCUCGUAAUAGAACAUCAGAUUGUUACUGGUGAGGACCACACCUUUGACGAGUCGUCCUUAGUCGACCACUAUGACACCUUAGCCUCUCCUCAACCAGAAUAUCCACCAGAGCCAACUCACAGCUAUGAUGACGACCAGCUCCUGGAGGAGGGGGACUACGACUCCUACGGUCCAGCUCCCACCCAGGUUACCAUGAUUACCGAGGACGCCUUUCCCUACGCCACCACCACCGAGUCCCACUACGCCAAGGAGGACAAAGAGAUAAUGCAGCUGCCAUAUGGACCCGAAACCGACACCUCAGAGGAAUCGGGGGGCGAUGCGGGGCUCGGGGAGGAGGGGCCGACGGAGUGUGAUUGUGAACCUGGUGAGCCCGGAUUCGCUGGCUUCGCAGGACCGAAGGGAUCCAGAGGCCUGCAGGGUAAAACCGGUGAGCCGGGAAUUCAAGGCAGAGAAGGGUAUAAAGGAACCAAAGGAGUUUCGGGAAGAGGAGGAGACGCCGGACCAGUAGGUGACGCUGGGUCUGAAGGAGACGAAGGAGCUUCUGGUUUCUCAGGAGCCAUGGGAGAACCUGGACUGAUAGGAGGCCGAGGUGAACUCGGAGAGCUGGGUCUAAAGGGUGACGUCGGUAUGGAGGGACCCCGUGGAGGAGUCGGACCUCCUGGUGAGACUGGUUCACGUGGGGACGCUGGACCUACAGGUCCAAAGGGGGGUGACGGUGUCAAGGGCUCUUUUGGGGAUGAAGGCAAAGAGGGACCUCAGGGAGAAGACGGACUAAAGGGUCAGACGGGGGCACCUGGGUUUCCUGGUGACGUCGGUGAACAAGGCUACAACGGCUAUCCCGGACAGCCAGGAGCCACCGGACCGAGUGGACCGAAGGGCACUACAGGUCAAGAUGGCCUCCCAGGCAGCGACGGUGACCCUGGAGAAGAUGGUCCUAUAGGAGUCCCGGGGUUGAUGGGAGAGCCUGGACCAUUCGGUGUCAAGGGCAACAAAGGGGAUCGUGGUGUCAGAGGAGCUCGAGGCAGAGUGGGCGCUGUGGGAGGUGAGGGAGAACGAGGAGAUGCAGGAGUACCGGGACAACCAGGACCAAAGGGCCUCCAGGGCCAGACAGGUGCCAAAGGUGAGACAGGAUCUGAUGGUGAAACGGGCGCAGGAGGAAAAAAAGGCGCUAAAGGAGAUAAAGGCCAAAAGGGAAGUGCGGGCGACGGCGGCGACAAAGGACAGCGGGGGCCAAAAGGAGCAGUCGGUCGUAGUGGUGUCCCCGGCCCUGUCGGACCGCCCGGCAUCCCAGGGACCAGAGGAGAGCGCGGUCCCAUCGGUGACCUCGGUGUUAAAGGCCGAGCGGGACCCAAAGGAGUUCAAGGUCCACCUGGUCCUGGUCUGACUGAUGAGCAGGUCCUGCAGCUCUGCAAAGGUGUGGUCACGGCCCAGAUCUCCCAGUACGCCUCCUCAAUCCGAGCCAAGUGCUCUCAGGGCUGCCCCAUUAACAACCGGACACUGAUCGGGCCCCCCGGAGCUCGAGGACCGAUGGGAUCAACAGGCAAAGCUGGUAAAGCAGGAAAAGCCGGAGCAAAAGGAGCCCGAGGAGUUCAAGGCGACAGAGGCCUGGAGGGACAGAAGGGAGCGCAGGGCGACAGAGGUAACAAGGGGCCUAAAGGUGUUGCUGGUGAUCCAGGUACAGGUCUGCCAGGACUGGACGGACCACAAGGACUCAGAGGUUUACCAGGUCACCCAGCAGAACCUAAAAACGGCAUGGAGGGUCCCCUUGGCCCUCGUGGCUUCCCUGGUCCGGUGGGUCAAACCGGUAUGGUUGGGAUCGCGGGCGUGCCGGGAUUUUGCGAGGCGCGGGACUGCAGCAUUCACGCACCGGUGAUGCGCAAAGAACAGGGUCUGGUGAAAAGACCUGGAAGUGCAAAAAUCUGAACCUCAGCACGAGGGGGCAAGGACUGCUAUGAAGUUAUACCGUUUCUGAGAAUCACUCAACUUCAGCGGGUGUCUCAGACAACACAGGGACUGGGUUUUAUCGGAGAAAAUUUUACAUUUAUGACUGGUUUGUACAAGAGCUGAAAAUCGGACAAAAUCUAGUAACGCGGGGAGCUCCUCUAAGAAGUGUUGCAGGAAUCCAACCGGCUCAACCGUCCGCCUGAGCCGGACGAGGCUUCCAGUGAACGUUUAGAGCGUUUACACGUAAUAAAAUCCAAACUCUGCUUCAGUUUUUACUGGAAAAAUUCAGCUGAAUGUUUUGCAAUUUGAUAAAACAAGAGUAAAUUGUCCGCCGUGAUUCCCUCGUUCGGUUUAGUUAUUUUAUCCUCUGAUCACUAAAGAAAAUAAAAGAAAGAAAUGAUGCUCUGUAAAUAUUUUGUAAAGAAUCCUAAAUACAUGUACUGUGCUCAGAAAUACGUUUCAGAUAAACUGAUGUUUUUUUU